UCCGAGCCGGGGAGAUGGAGCCGGCAGCCGCGGGGAAAGGCUCGUCCGCGGGUGGCCAAGCGGCCGGCGGGGCGCAGGAGGCCGGGACGCCGCAGCGCUGGGAGGAAGCCAGGACUUUCUAUGACAGCCUGACCCCUAAAAAGAAACCCAAACCACCAAAGCCUGAGAAUGCAAUAACAAUCGCAGUCUCCUCGCGGGCUCUGUUCCGCAUGGAGGAAGAGCAGAAGAUUUACACAGAGCAAGGGGUGGAGGCAUAUGUGAAAUACCAGCUGGACCAUGAGAAUGAACCCUUCCUACCCGGCGCUGCCUUCCCAUUUGUCAAGGCCCUUGAAGCUGUCAACACUCAGUUGCGAGAGCUCUACCCCGACAGCGAAGAACUCUUUGAUAUUGUCCUCAUGACCAAUAACCACGCCCAGGUCGGGGUCCGCCUGAUCAACAGCAUCAAUCAUCACAAUCUGUUCAUCGAGAGGUUCUGCAUGACGGGAGGGAACAGCCCCACUUGCUACCUGAAGGCCUAUCACACCAACCUGUACCUCUCCUCUGACGCCGAGAAAGUGAGUGAGGCCAUUGAAGAGGGAAUCGCUGCGGCCACCAUGUUCAGCCCCAGCAAAGACGUGAAAGUGUCGGAGAACCAGCUGCGGGUGGCAUUCGAUGGGGACGCCGUCCUCUUCUCGGACGAGUCGGAGCAGAUUGUGAAGGCGCACGGCCUCGACAUGUUCUUUGAACACGAAAAGGCUUACGAGAACAAGCCACUGGCCCAGGGGCCGCUGAAAGGAUUUCUGGAAUCCCUCGGGAAGCUGCAGAAGAAGUUCUACUCCAAGGGUCUGAGACUGGAGUGUCCGAUUCGCACCUACCUGGUCACUGCCCGGAGCGCUGCCAGCUCUGGGGCUCGGGCCCUAAAGACUCUCCGCAGCUGGGGACUAGAAACCGACGAAGCCCUGUUCCUGGCAGGGGCCCCCAAGGGGCCGCUGCUGGAGAAGAUCCGUCCGCACAUCUUCUUCGACGACCAGAUGUUCCACGUGGAGGGGGCGAAGGAGAGUGGCACCAUCGCGGCCCACGUCCCAUACGGCAUAGCGCAGAAGCAGAGGCGGAUGGCGCAAGAGAAACAAACCAAGAACAGCAAGUAGCAUUGCUGGUGGUGACUGCAGGUGCUCGCUGGUUGGGUAGCUACCCAAGCCAUCCCUGACCAGGGCACCAUGCAUGGAUUGAUAUCCAAGUCUGCAGGGGCUGAGCGUCUUUGUUGAUUAGUAUUGAAGCUGCAGGUGCCUUGUCUGGGUGGGUUGAAGGAAAGGUUUCCUUUUGCCUGUGUGUGUUGCACUUUAUUGACUGUCUCUGACCCUCCAGCCCCAUAUCACCCCCCAUGUCCCCUCCAUAAAGGUAGGAAGGGUCAACCAAGGCCUAAACCUACCUCUGCUACCUUUGCUCCUGCAUCUCAGCAUCAGCCAUUGCUGACUUGUGCCACAUUGGCUGUCACCUCAUCUCCACACCUGCCUCAGAACCCUCAUGCCUAAGCCCAGCACCAGCCAUCCUGAUCCUGCUAUGCCUCCUCUGUGUUUCCAGGGCCCAUAAAAACCCAGAGGUGCUCGCGCUUAAGUUUUGCACCAGAUGUUGACCACAAAGCUUGGAGAACUUAAUCAAAACUCAGCCAGACUAGAUAAGUCUACAGGAGAGGGGACCUUGCAUUGGACAGGAUCUGUGAGAACAGGGCUCCCCUUCUGUGGAUCUUAUAUUCCAACCCAAUUUAAAUUUUUGGUGCUCAUUUAAAAAAAAACAACAGGGAAAUUCCCAGUCCAAGAGUUUUGAUAUAUUAAAAAAAAGAAGUCAAGGCUGACAAUGUGCUUCAGUGGAAUCCAGCUUACGUGCAGGAACAAUGAUACACUAUUGUUACAAAACAUUUACAGUUUUAAAUUUUAAACGGACUGGAAAUGAGGUUAAGGGAUGCAGCCAAUUUCCCACCACUGUUGCUGCACCCACCCAACCUUCAGUUUAUCCACUAAUGUUUGGGAAAACAAAGAUUGGUCAAACUCUAGAUAGGAAAAGCUCAAGCCCUAUUAGUCAGUGUUUUGGUCCAAUGUGUUAUGGCUCAAAUUUGGGUGCUACUAUUAGAUACCUAAAUCCAUAAGUGACACCUGGGAAAAAAAGGCAUCUGAAAAUUGAGCCACAUAAAAUCAGAAGCUAUUUUUCAAAAUGUGGCUUCCUGACCUCUGGACCCAGGCUGAGAAUAUGUGUAAGUUGAAAGACAGUCCUAACCUAUGGUGGGUGGGGGGAGAGACAGACAUUUUCUUGAAAUCGACAAUUACAUCAGCUGAGAAUUUGAGCCUGAGUCUUUCGUUAACCAUAGCAAAAUUCAAGUUUCAUUCAAACCGAGGCCACUGUGCAAUUGAUCAUCCUUCUCCUGGUACUUUCCUAAAACCUGUGGUGUCUCCUGAAGUAGAAAGAUGCUGCUAACACAGUGGAAAAGAAUUAAAUCCCCAAUUCCGAAAGGUUUCAGAGGGGCAGCCGUGUUAGUUUGAUGAAGUGGGUUCUAGCCCACAAAAGCUUAUUCCCAAAUAAAUGUGUUAGUCUCCAAGGUGCCACAAGGCCUCCUUGUUGUUUUUGCCAGUUCAGAAAGGAAACAGUCAGAGAGCUGUUCGGAAAGCAGUGUAUGGAAUUCACUCAACAGCAUUCUUAUGUGAAGGUGCAGAUUGGAGGAACGAUAAAAGGUUAAAGAUCAUUUUAAAAAAUACUCCUUCCCUGUGAUGGUGGUCUAGGUAGCACAGGUAGCAAUGCCCAUAGUUAAGAUUGCCUGGCACAUACCAUUAUCAGACAAUGUUUUAAAUUGCUUAUAACUUUACCAAAUUUGGACCAUUUCAUUUGGGCUGAAAUUGCCCACAUGAGGUGGCUGCCUCUGGCUGACUUUUUUUUUGCACAUUUUCAGUUAAAACGGUUUGACCAUUUCCAAGGAUGAGAUUAGGGCUCGGGUUAUUAUAUAUCGACUGAAAUAACAUUAACAAUCAACCAUACGCUUCACUACUUAUCCUGUUGGUUUGAUCCUUGCGCUGAAUCCUGCUUGGACAAUGAGAGCACUAGUACGUUUUUUAAAUCUUGUUUCUCUGCUCAGUUUCACGUUGAGAUUCACUCUGCUGCCAUGUUGGGGUUGCAGACACCUCAGGGGAAGGUUUUUAAAUCCAAACCAAAAAUCUUUAAAGAAACAAAACAUCACAAAACCAUUUCUAUUAAUAUUCAGUUUUAUGAAAAGUAGGAGGCGGUUCGGUUGGGGUCAAAACCGUCUGACAGGGACCCUUCCAACUGGCCUGUCAGGAUACAUGCAGGGCUUCCAUGUAAACAUCCCCAAGGUGCUUCCUGUAGAUUGGCAUUGACUGACAUCUUUGGAAGUUCUGCCAAGUGCAAGCAGUCCAAGUCCGAUCUUCCCCCAAGUCUAGAAGAUGACAUUGCAACAGGAACUACUAGUUGUAAUGAAGAGCAGAACAGUCCGCUAACAGUUAUGAAAUUGUAUCUGUCUGGGUCUGGGACUUGUUGGAAUAUUGGCGUGGGGGCAGGGGAGUGUGUGAUUGAACAUAGCCAUCUGUGUAAGCGUGUCUGUGGGAGAGUGAUUGUAAUGGGUGGUCUUGAGCGUGUGUGUUUGAAAGAGAGAGAUUGUCCAUGGAUGCGUGUGAGUUUGUGUGUGUGUGUGUGUGUGUGUGUGUGUGUGUGAUAUCAUAUACUUGUCAGAGAAAGAGAGAUUGUCCAUGGUGUGUGUGUGUGUGUGAUAUAUACUUGUGUGUGUGUCAGAGAAAGAGAUUGUCCAUGGAUGCAUGUGUGUGUGUGUGUGUGUGUGUGUGAUAUCAUAUACUUGUCAGAGAAAGAGAGAUUGUCCAUGGUGUGUGUGUGUGAUAUAUACUUGUGUGUGUGUCAGAGAAAGAGAUUGUCCAUGGAUGCAUGUGUGUGUGUGUGUGUGAUAUCAUAUACUUGUCAGAGAAAGAGAGAUUGUCCAUGGUGUGUGUGUGUGAUAUAUACCUGUGUGUGUGUCAGAGAAAGAGAUUGUCCAUGGAUGCACGUGAGUAUCUGAUUGUGUGUGGGUGUGCACACGUGUACGAGAGUGUUACUUGCGGGGAGUGGGUGAGCGAGAGAGAUUAUUUAAAAGCAGCACUCUAUGGUAGCGAGAGCUUGCCACGCUCAAAAGAAACCCCAGUAACGGGGUUUUGACCUGCCUGGCAAGCAGACCCCAGUUCUAAGCUGCCUCUAGCUCUGGGAAAGAGCCUGUGCCCAGUUCUGGAGGUGACACGGGGAAGCACAGACUGUGCGAUGCCAGCACCACGGCCACCAGAGGGCUGCGUGACUUGCACUUUAAUUUUGUUUCCAACGCUUAAGACAAAAAAGAGAGAGAAGGAAAUGCAGAGGGCCAGGAACGAGUGUAUUGGGCAGCUCCUGCUUUGCCUCUCCCCAUUCACUGCCAGCACGGGGCAAGUACAUUCCUUGCUUGUACUGGGGGGAGGCCCCAGGAGACUCAGAGAAAUGAGGACUCCCCACUGUAGUGCGUGGAUCCUGCUGGCAUUGAAAGAGUUUAUUGCCCUACUCAUGUCUGACCUUCACCGUACAGUUUUGUCCAUAGUGCUUCCUAGGGUGCACCAUCAUUGGCUGAACUGGAUUUCACUGCUUUUGUGGCUUGCUUGCUUGUGUCCGUCUGUCAUCUCCUGGGCUGGGAUGGAUUUUCCAUCCUGCCAGCAGCCCCCUUGAAAUGAUCACCAGGACUCCUAGCUCAUCACACACUUGGAUGGCUUAGUGGCAUUUCUUGCAUUGAACCAGCAGCUAGUGGGCCCUCCUGGCUGUUGUGUGGGUUUCACUCCUGUGUCCUCUGAUGGUUUUAUCUGUGACUGAACUGCUGUAGCCAUGGAAAUUCCUAUGCGUGUUUGUCUGUAAUAAACUACAGCUGGUACUA